AUGGCGCUGACAUUUGGGACCUGCUUCUGCGCAGUAGUGAGCGGGAAGUGGAGGCCACCCUCACUCUCGCAGAAACAGCCUCCUGGAGACACUGAUGUUUUCUUCAAGGUCAGACCAAUCUAUGAGUCCAUAAGGAAACGCUGUCUGCAGCUACAACUGGAGGAAGAUCUCUGUAUUGAUGAGCAGAUUGUGCCUUUCAGAGGGAAACUCUCUGUGCUCCAGUAUAUCAAAGGGAAACCUACACCAUGGGGAGUGAAGAUGUAUUUCCUCUGUGGCAAAAGUGGGCUUGCUUGUGAUUUCCUCAUCUUUCAAGGUGCCACAACAGAGCUUUCUGAGCAAAGUAAAAAGCUUCUAGGGCUUGGAGCUUCUGUUGUCUUCCACCUGUGCCAGAGAAUCCAGGCUCCCAACCACAAGCUCUUUUUUGACAACUAUUUCACCACCUACAAUGUCCUUGAAGUUCCUGCAGACAAUAAAAUCCAUGCUGCUGGAACAGCAAGGCUUUGCCGCUUUGCAAAUCCGCCACUGAAGAAAGACAAGGAAAUGUCUAAGAAAACACGGGGAAACCAUGAUGAAGUUAGAAGUAGGGAUGGAAAAGUUGUUCUAGUGAAGUGGUUUGAUAACCGCUCUGUUGUACUGGCCUCCAACUUUGUUGGUGUUGGAGAUGAAGAUGAAGUUGAGAGGUGGGAUAAGAAAGAGAGAAAGUUUGAGAAGGUCAAGCGUCCAGAGGUUGUGAAGAAAUACAACAGGGGCAUGGGAGGGGUGGACAAGCUUGAUCAGCUAAUCAGCCUUUACAGGAUUGAUAUCAAGUCCCGCAAAUGGCCACUGCGCAUGAUUACUCAUGGUUUUGAUGUUGCUCUAGUGAAUAUCUGGCUUGAGUAUCGCAGGGACAUUGAAUACAAAGGAACUCAGCCACAGAAAUUCAUGGAUCUCCUUGAAUUCAAAAUGAAUGUGGCCAAAGUGCUUGUGCGUUCUGGGAAGCCACAGGUUUGGAGGGGGAUGUCGAUGGCUCACAUGAUGGGUGAAAGAGGAGGUGAAUCCAGGAGAGCUGCUUUCUCUCAGACGGCUGGUCAGGAGGUUUGGAGACCCGGUUCUGAUGACCGUGAUCAGGAUCCGCUGCCAGACCCGACCCAGACACAGAGCCAGGAUCUUCCUGGAUAUUUAACACCUCUGUCUUCUGAGUCUGUUUCUGUGUCCACAGGUCAGGCUGACAGGAGGAGGACGAGGAAGAGCGGCAGCCAGAAGAGCCCGGAUGAUGGACGUCCGUUCACUUCAUCUAAACACUCUCGCAGAGACAAAGCUACAGAAUCUAGGAAGAACGGAACGGGUUGUUUCCUCUACAGGCUCUGGAAGGCUGUGAAGUGUGUUUUCUGCUGCUGUUGCCACUGUAGUGCUGUGAAUGUUGUGGAGCCUUUUGUUCCUCCAGCAGAUCUGGAGCCAGAGCCUGAUCCUGAUCCAUCAUCUCCUGCUCCUGAUCACUCCGGCGUCAAGACAAAUAAUGAGUCCUUUGAGUCUCUCUAUAGCGUUAUAAAGAUGAUUGGAUCUGGAGGAUUUGGCAGGGUGUACCAGGGAACACGCAAAUUUGAUGGCAAAAAGGUUGCCAUCAAGCGGAUUCGCAAGAUUGACAACAAUCGUUAUCUUAAUAUUCCUGGGCAUCCCGAACCUCUCGUUACAGAAGUGGCGCUGCUGAUGAUGAUGAGGCGAGAACCCAUAAGCCCCUUCGUCAUACAACUAUACGAGUGGUUUGAACAUCCUAAAGAAUUCACUCUGGUUAUGGAGUAUCCUGAACCCUACGAUAUCUUGCUGGACUUCAUCACUCGUAAUCAUCAAAUGCAUGAACCAACAGCACGGUUCAUCAUGCGACAGGCUGUGCUGGCAGUGCAACACUGCAUCCAUCAUGGGGUUUUCCACAAUGACAUCCAUGCGCAGAAUUUCCUGUUGAAGAGAGACCCGGUACAGCUCAAGCUGAUAGACUUUGGCUGCGGUCAGCUGUUUAGUAGAGAGGGCUACGAGAGCAACAUUUACAUUGGAGCACCGGAUUACUGCCCACCUGAAGUCUUGACAGAACCUCGAUUCCACGCCGUCCCAGCAAAUGUCUGGUCUCUAGGAGUGUUGUUGUACAAGAUGAUGAACGGAUGUUCUCCUUUUCGCAAUAGAAGAAAAAUCACACAAGCCAAAGUUACAUUUCUGAACCCCACCUUAUCCAAAAGAAAUGACAUACUUGCUGAGAGCUCUGAGCUCGAGACUCGACCCGAAGCCUGAAGUCCAACUCCAUCCUGACAGGAACUCAGAGUCUGUCCACGUCUGAGCAAGAACACGAGAGACUGCAAGACUGGAACGAAGUCAUCAAGUCAUCACACACACAUUUGCUUUGUUUUAAAGGUCAAGACAAGUCAUCUUCUACAAACAUUUGUGAAAGAAUGUGUCGCUCUCAGGAGCUCAGUGAAUUCAAGUGUGGUACCGUGAUAGGUUGCCAACUAUUCAUGAAAUUUCCUCACUAUUAAAUAUUCCACGGUCAACU